CAUUUGUUCGUAGUUUACGUAAAUGACGUUUUAUAGUUAGAGUGACAAAGAGUACGAGCAGAGACAGACGGAGAAGGAAUAAAAAAAGAAAUUCAGAAUUUCUGGAGUGGUGUUAGAUUGUUGUUUCCUGCGGAAAGAGGUACAUAAGGUAGUAAAACGUCUCACCGUCCGACUACAGGGAGCUUAUUACUUCCGUGUUUAUGGGGACGGACGAGUUGGGACCUCUGUGUAAAAUAUUUGAUUUGAAAUCGGGAAAUCAGAAAAUUUUCAUUUGAAUCGUUGGUCAGGUUGAGUAAGGGAGCCGCCAUGGCUGGUGCUGUCGGAACAUUGACUCCCUACCUAAGUAACGUUAUAUGAAGAAUAAUUACAUUGUUCUAGCUGUAUUAGGGAACGGAAUUAAUAUUAGGAACCAUAUUAGUCUUUUCUUGUUAUAGAUCAUGUAUUAGAUUGAAACCGAUGUAAGACUUAAACAUAGCUAACGUUAGCUAAGUAAGUGGUUUUAAAAAUAGAACAAACUAGGAAAAGGACAUUUUCAUGAGACAUUUUGCUACAGACGUUCCUCCGUUGAAGGUCUUUGACAAGUGACGAAGAAGAAGAGGAAGAAGAUAGCUGGAUCUCGAAAAGGAUGAUUUGAGAGAAAAGACAAUAUCGGUGCAUAGGAGACAUAGUAGUUAGCGCUACUUAGCUGUAAAAACAAUUUGGGAAGGAACGGGCGGACGGUGGAGUUAUUGGUCUGUUUUUUAUUCGUUGACACUACUGAUUGUAGCUACAAUUACAGUCUUUGCCCGAAAUACGCAAAACGAGCACCGCGAAGAAUAGCCUUAAGCGAGAGACGGAGACGAGGAAAGGAUUUGGAACAGGAAUAUGUCGGGUCGGCCUAGAACCACUUCCUUUGCUGAAAGCUGCAAACCUGUGCCGCAGCCUUCGGCGUUCGGUAGCAUGAAAGUCAGCAGAGACAAAGAUGGCAGCAAGGUGACCACGGUAGUGGCCACGCCGGGCCAGGGCCCCGACCGGCCGCAGGAGGUCAGCUACACGGACACCAAGGUGAUCGGGAACGGCUCCUUUGGCGUGGUCUACCAGGCCAAGCUGUGUGACUCUGGGGAACUGGUGGCCAUCAAGAAGGUGCUGCAGGACAAGAGGUUCAAGAACCGUGAGCUUCAGAUCAUGAGGAAGCUGGACCACUGCAACAUUGUGCGUUUGCGGUAUUUCUUUUACUCAAGUGGAGACAAGAAGGAUGAGGUGUACCUGAACCUGGUCCUGGACUAUGUUCCGGAGACCGUGUACCGAGUCGCCCGACACUACAGCCGAGCCAAGCAGACCCUGCCCAUGGUGUAUGUGAAGCUGUACAUGUACCAGCUCUUCCGCAGUCUAGCCUAUAUCCAUUCCUUUGGCAUCUGUCAUCGAGACAUAAAACCACAGAAUUUGCUUCUGGACCCAGAGACUGCUGUUCUCAAACUUUGCGACUUUGGCAGUGCCAAGCAGCUGGUACGCGGUGAGCCCAACGUAUCCUACAUCUGCUCACGGUACUACAGAGCCCCUGAGCUCAUCUUCGGGGCCACAGACUACACCUCCAGUAUAGACGUGUGGUCAGCUGGCUGUGUGCUAGCAGAACUGUUGCUAGGGCAACCGAUCUUCCCCGGUGACAGUGGCGUGGAUCAGCUGGUGGAGAUCAUCAAAGUCCUGGGGACCCCCACAAGGGAACAGAUCCGUGAAAUGAACCCCAACUACACCGAGUUCAAGUUCCCCCAGAUUAAAGCACACCCAUGGACUAAGGUGAGUCAACAGGUAUUCCGGCCGCGUACGCCUCCUGAGGCCAUCGCCCUGUGCUCUCGGCUGCUGGAGUACACGCCCACCGCCCGCCUCACCCCACUGGAGGCCUGCGCGCACUCCUUCUUUGAUGAGCUGCGGGACCCCAACGUAAAGCUGCCCAAUGGACGUGAGAAACCCUCGCUUUUCAACUUUACCACUCAAGAGCUUUCCAGUAACCCCUCACUGGCCUCCAUCCUCAUCCCUGCGCAUGCCCGCAACCAGGCUGGAGGCUCCACCCCCACCAACGCCUCUGCCGCUUCAGAUGCCAACACUGGUGAUCGCGGUCAGACAACAAACACAGCUUCAGCUUCUGCCUCCAACUCCACCUGAGCCCUGCUCCCCCCUCCUCUGAGGCCCAUCCCACGGAAUUAGGGCCGCCCUGCCCUGCUGCUCGCUAGCCACACCCAUCUCCCAGGGAGGGGGAGGAAAGAAAGGCAGGGGUAGGAACAACACAAAAGGAACAAACACAAUGAAACCAAUCAGACUGCCCCCCCCCCCGACUCCC